GGAAGAGGACGGACCUAAGAUGGCGGCCUCCAGGGGCGCUGGGAAUAGCCGCUCAUGUCGGCUAACGGAGCGGUGUGGGGCCGCGUGCGAAGCCGCCUCCGCGCCUUCCCCGAGCGGCUGGCCGCCUGCGGGGCCGAGGCCGCGGCGUACGGCAGGUGCGUGCAGGCCUCCACGGCCCCGGGCGGCCGCCUGAGUAAGGACCUCUGCGCGCGGGAGUUCGAGGCCCUAAGGAGCUGCUUCGCCGCCGCGGCCAAGAAGACGCUGGAGGGAGGCUGUUAGGAGGGACUCUGAGCUUCACACCUGUCUGCUGCCGUGGGUGCAGAGCCCUAGUCCUGAUGGGCCCUGGUGGCACACAUUGAAUGCCGAGGGCAGAAAGGAAGUGGGAAUGGCGAAGAUGUAACGUUCCUUGGUGUUAGAUCCUGUUUCUUCCUAACAAGUUGAGGCGUGGGUAGAGCAGGAAUUGGUUUUCCAGCAUUGUGUCUGUAAACCUGAGUUAGAAUAAGAUGUAACGGAAGCCACGAUAAAGACUCCGUCAAAUCCUGCA